AUGCCGGCGGUGGACGUGGACCUCACCGCCAUUCCUGACAUGAUCGAGGCGCAGUUGACACUGAGUUACAGCCGCCUUGCAAAACUUGUUCGUCUAAUUGUUGAUCAAGGGAACGGCCACGAUGUUGACAUUGACAAAUUAAACAGCCGAAUUGAUGCGCUGGCAAGGGAGAAUGCGGAGCUGAAGGCUCUCGUGGAGUCUUUUAUGGAGGAAAAAUCCCGCGAGAGUUGGGUCCAGAAAUCGUUGGACGAAUUGCGUCACGAAAUUUCUUGCGUGUCCGAUGACUGCGCGGAGAGUUCCAAGCAAAUGGCCUCCGCAAUGGAGGAGGUUCAUCUCCGUUUUGACGAUGUCGACCAACGGCUGAAGUCGGAAUCGACUGCGCGUGCGAACGAAGUGAACCAGAUCAACACAUUCGUGAAUGAAUUGCAGGAAGUCAUUCGUGACAUGCGGCUGACGUUGAGCCAAUGUAACGGUUUUGUAGAAGUAUGGGAAGGCAAAGCGGAGAAGACAGAGGCACUAACAAGACGUGACGCCGAGGGCGGUUUCCAGCACUCAACCGAGGAUCGUGUAGAUUAUUUGCGUUCCCUCCCGGUCUUCGCCAAUGUUUUUGAAGAAAUGGACGUACUUCGUCAAAUGCUUCGACAGCAGGCUGCUGACGUAUUGUCUGCAAAGAGCGCUGCGGGGGCAAUUCGGCGUAUUAGUACCGCUGAGGUUGCUGCCUCGGGCGUACCCAACGCAAGCACCGUUGACCGCACCGUCAUCGACGGCCUGCAAGAAUCUCUGGGGAACGCGUUAAAACGCCUAAAGGAACUUGAGGAGAGGCAAACUCCAGCGUUCGGGCGGACUCAGUUGCAGCAACAGCACCAAUCGGCGGCCUGGCGAGGUGAAAAGGAAGACAUCAUUCAACUUGACAAUCGGCUGCAAAAUGUGGAGGACCGUUUGAGGAACCUCUCCUUCCAGGCAUCUGAAGGGGCGAGCCUGGAAAAGGCCCUUCUAACGGACGUUGAUGGGCGUCUGCGAAGCCUAGAAAACAGGAUAGAUGGCCUUCCGUUGGAUAGGCUAUUACAGCAAGAGCAGCAAAGUGGGGGGGAAGAUCGUCUUCCCGUCAUAUCCGGGCAGCAAACUUCCAAAGCUCAGCCGCAGUCACAGCCUUCGGCGCCUGCUGUUUCUACACGACGUUUGCCUGCGCCCAUGGGAAAAGAUGUGCCUACUGGUGAAACGGGAGAGGGUAUGGCUUUGCCAUACCUCACCACAGUUCCUUUUAAUGGGAGGGUUGAAGCAUCGAAUGCAAAAGCUGUGCAGGGGAGUGGAAACGGAACAAACAGCGGUGUGCGUUCCUUUGUUAAUCAUUCUAAUUCGGAGGUACAGCGCAAUCCUAAUGCGAUUUCCUACCAAUCAUUGCCGCAAUCGCAGGCAACGGUUCAGGAUGACGGAGUCAUGCGUCGUCUUGCGCAGCUGGAAGAGAACUCGGCUGUGCUGGAGAUUAAGAAGGCUGACCGCCAGGAGUUGGCAAGGCUUGAGGAUGCUUUGCGGAAUAUCCUUCAGAAUCCAGCGGUGCUGCCAACGUCCGCCUUGUCGCGCGGCAUCAUGCCUCAUCGUCCGAUGUCACAGCAAGACGCUCGUGGGAUUAACGCAACAGAAAGCGCGUACUGCAGCCCUCCCAGGUCUUCAAUGAAGAGCCCUCCUCCUGGACGUCCCAUGUUUGUUGGGGGGUCAGCACACCAGUUGCGCGACUCAGCAGGUGCCGCGACGCCGGCCACCUUAUCCACCUUUCAUACUGUAUAA